AUGCCUCAUCCACCCGGCCGUCGCCCUCUACCAGACGAGCCCACACCUCAGCAACCCAGCAACAACCAAGAGCCAUGGAGCGAUCACAGUCAAGGCUAUGCCCUAACUCACAAUCCGAUCCCACCCAGGCGUUACAAUCUAUCGUGCGCCAAAGGGUUAUAUGAGGAGCUAAGUGCAGGCAACCAAAUGCGGCAUGGAAGACUGAUGGAGAUCGCGGACGAAAUGCACAACGAUGUCGAAUACGUUCACAAGUGGCUUAGCCUGCAUCUGAGAUCUCUGGUGCAAUGCUAUGUCAGUGACUUCUCACUUGGCUGGCAUUGA